AUGAACAUUAAUAUUUACGAUGAAGCUAGUUUAAGCUUAUUGUCAACAUCAAAUUUUCAUGAAAAGCACACUAUUUCUUCUUUAAAUAAGCAAAAAUAUAUCAAAUAAAAAUACUUUUCAGAAUCUGAAUUAAUCAGUUAAAACGAUAUUAAAUCUUAGAGAGCCCGUCCAAAUAGUGAUAUGUAUCAAUCAGGAAUAAAUUUUUUAAAGCAUAAACAAGAGAAAUAAGACUAUCUGGCACUCAAAUUGGAAGAGGAAUUCAAAAAGAAAUGUACUUUUUAACCUUAAUUAUCAUAAACAUCUCGUAUACUAUCUGCUAGAUUAAAUGGUUCAUAACUAAAUCAGUCUACAAGAAACAUAAAUAAAGAAGGUGUUUUAACUAUGGAUUCAUAAACUAUUAAACUUGAAUAAGAAUUAAUCUAAUGUACUUUCUCACCUAAAAUUCUUAAAACAACUUAAGAUAUAUUUGAUAGAAGAAAGCCUAUGUAUGAAAGAAAUAUUGAAUGGAAAGAUUAAGUUAAAGAAAAACAAACAUAAAGUUAAAUGAGAAGAGAAUCUUUAAUUAAAUCUAAAAUAACAACCACUUAGAUACCAAAAUAGAUGGAUCUUAGAGCAGCACAUGCAUUAAAGAAGAAUUUUUCAAUGAAAUAUUUGAGAUAAUCAAUGAUGGGGUGA